UACGAUUCGUUCUUUUUUGACGAAACUGUCAUCUUGUUUGUGGUGCACGUGUUUGCAACUCAAAAAAUACUUAAAAGAUGGAUAAGCCAGUAGUUUUGGCACGUGUUAUUAAGGUUCUAGGCCGUACUGGUUCCCAGGGGCAAUGUACACAAGUUAAGGUUGAGUUCAUUGGAGAACAAAACCGACAAAUUAUCCGCAAUGUUAAGGGCCCAGUUAGAGAAGGGGAUAUUCUUACCCUCUUGGAAUCUGAACGUGAAGCUAGAAGAUUAAGAUAAUUUGUUUAAGGACAUCCAUGGUUUGUUCGUGGGAAAUGAAUUACAAUAGUUUAAAAUAAUGCAACACUGUUUUCUUUUAUAAUAAACAAUUUCCGACGAAU